AUGAGUAUGCGACCAAGGUAUAACAAAUGUUGUAAAGGUGGGAAAAUUGAAAUGCAAUAUCCAACAGACCCGCCAGAUCUGUUGAAAUCUUUGUUUGCGGAACCUCAAUUUAUGCUAAAUAUUCGUGCUUAUAAUGCUAUGUUUUCUAUGACGUCGUUUGGUGCAACUUUUGAUGAUGCUAUCAAUGAUGGUAGCGGUCCCUAUGUGUUUAAGGUUGCUGGCCAAGUUUCACAUUGGUUAGGUUCGCUGUGUCCAAAUCCUGGCGAUAAACCAAGGUUUUUGCAGAUGUACAUCUUUGAUAGCCAAAAUGAGGUAGAAAACAGGCUAAGCUUUUUCCCGAACGACUCCCAAAGUCUUUCUUCGGAAAUUGUGGCUGCGUUGUCACAUAUGUUAGACGAGGUAAAUGGAUAUGUCCAUUUGUUUAGGUCCGCAAGAGAGUUAUGUUUGCAACCCACGAUUCCAAAUUUCGGUAUAAAGCUUUAUAGCCGCGUUAAAGAACGUCUUUAUGAUAUUCCGGCAACGCAUACACUUGGCGCGAUAGUUUGUGAUGCCGGUUUGACCUCUGAGGACUUUGACGUGAUUAUUCGUAGCAAGGACAACAGGCCACAUAGGGUAAGUAAGUUGCACUCAUCUUACAUGCCCUUACAAUAUCCACUUCUUUUUCCGCAUGCUGAACAGGGCUGGUCACCUGAUUUACGCAUAUCUAGAAGCGUGCUUCCGUCAGAAGCACUGAUGUCACAUGAUGAUUUGCAGCCUCAAGAUCGCAAUCUUACACCUAUCAUGUUCUACAGUUAUCAGAUUCAUGACCGUGCCAACGUGUACACUCACUUACUUGAGCCUCUAGAGUACAUAAGAACUAACCAAAAUGAACUCCGAUGCGAGUUUUUAGAAGGUGUUUAUGACGCAAUUUCUAAGGGUGACACGGAAGCUAGGAGCGUCGGUAAGCGUGUGGUUUUACCGUCCUCCUUUACAGGUGGUCCAAGGUACAUGUAUAAACAUUAUCAAGAUGCACUUGCCAUAUGUCGUGUUUAUGGGAAUCCUCAGUAUUUCAUCACGUUUACAUGUAAUGUUCGAUGGCUGGAAAUAACUAGAGAAAUUAGUCGUGCUGGUGUCUCUAGCCCGCAAGACAGGCCCGACAUUGUUGCAAGAGUUUUCCAAAUGAAUGUGCGCUCCUUUAUCAAACACUUGAGAACCGCCAAACCAUUUGGAGAUGUCACGGCAGAUCUUUACACAAUCGAAUUCCAAAAGAGAGGUCUCCCCCACUGUCACACUUUACUAUGGGUGUCCAGUGCAUCUAGCGUUCAAAGUGCUGAGCAAGUUGACCAGUACAUUACUGCUGAACUCCCCGAUCCGGUUGCUAAUCCUACCUUAUAUAGGAUUGUAACCGACUGUAUGUUGCACAGGCCAUGUGGCUUAGCCAGGAUGACCUCACCUUGCAUGAAGGAUGGUGUCUGUUCCAAUAAUUUUCCUAAACCAUUUGAACAUGCCACCCGUUUCGAUAAUGCAGGCUAUGUGCAUUAUAAAAGGUCUUCAGAUUCUCAUACAUUUUUGAAGAAUGGCGUGCCUCUUGACAACGGUUACAUUGUUCCUUACAACAGUAAUUUGUUGAUGCACUUUGACGCUCACAUAAAUGUUGAAUAUUGUGGUUGGAGUAUGCUUAUCAAAUACCUCUUCAAGUACAUUUCAAAAGGAGCUGAUAGAAUUCGUUUUGCGAUAACCAAGGAGAAAGAAGUAUCAGGCAAUCAGUCUAAUGCCACCUUAGAGGUUGUUGAUGAGAUUCAAAACUAUCUUGAUGGCCGGUUUAUCUGUCCACAUGAGGCUUCCUGGAGAAUAUUCGCAUUUCCAAUACAUCAUAGAAACCCUCUUGUCCAAGUUUUGGCUGUUCAUUUAGAAGAUGUUCGAAAAGUGCAUGGUGUUGUCAUGCCUACCUUUAGGGAAGCAUGUGAAAAGCUGGCUCUUAUUGGUGAUGACAGAGAAUGGAACACCACCAUUUCUGAGGCUGCAGAAUGGGCGACAUCCAUCGAGCUAAGAUCCCUGUUUGUCUACAUGCUUUUAUAUUGUGAUAUUGCUAACCCAUUGAAACUUUGGGAAGAAAAUUGGAAGUACAUGGCUGAUGAUAUAAAUCAUAGGAUAGGUGAAACAAGUAGUAGCAAUUCUGGUCUCACCAAUAACAAUGACCUUCAGCAGUUUGUACUCUAUGAGUUAGAGACAUUGCUUAAUUCAAAUUCAACACCUCAAUCAUUGGUUGAUUUCAGAUUGCCAAUGCCCAACACAUCAACGAUAUCUGCUCUGCGAAAUAGCUUACUCCUGGAAGAAAAAAGCUAUAAUAGAGAUGUGUUGCAAGCAGAACAUACAAGCCUCCACGCUGGACUUCGUCCUGAGCAACUACAAAUAUACAAUGCGGUUAUGGCCUCCAAUAAAUCUUCAGCGUAA